AUGCCCGGCCUCAUAAACAAGGAGAGCAGGAGCGCUUUGCCCCUCAGUGUGUCUGACAUCACGAGCUGUGUGCGCGGAUACACGCUCGCCAUGACCGCUUCCAUGACCUAUGAGAACAUCGAGGACCACGCCAUUGAAGGUAUCUUCAUCUAUCCUUUGGAGGAGAAUGCCAUUGUGGUGGGCUUCGAGGCCAUGAUCUCCACACAGAUCAUCACUCUGCAGAUUAAAGACAAGGCAAAGAUGGAGGACGGUCACCAGGACUGCUGCAGCACACAGAACGGCGCUCUGCAAAGCUGCGGAGGACACAUAGUUCUGGAUGAGGACUUGGAGCGGACAGUGCUGGUGGUGAAUCUUGGCUCUAUUCCUCCCAUGGAAACGGUGCAUGUUCUGGUGAGCACGUCCUCUGAGCUCCGCACUCUUCCCAGUGGAGGUAUCCGGGUCUGCUCUCCCCCAGUCUGCACCCCCAGAGUCCAGAGGAGCAUCAAUGAGGAGCAGGGCCUGUCCCCAAACUUCUCCAGGAUACGGGACCGCCAGACCAGUGUGUCGAGCCCUCAUGACCCGAUGCCCAGCUGCCCUCCCCAGAGCCUGGUCACGCUGCUGGAGGAGGAGAGCAUCAACUCCAUGGACUAUGAGUUCAACUUCCAACUGGAGAUCAGAGCCCCCUAUCUUCUCGCAGGUGUGGAGAGCCCGUCUCAUGCCAUCCGCGCAGAUGCUGAUCCUUUGGCGCGCUCUGCCACCAGUGUGGUCAUCACUCUGGCCGAUAAGUACACGUAUGACUGCCCGGUCACUAUCCUCAUCUACCCAAGUGAGCCGCACCUGCCUCAUGUGCUGCUGGAGAGCGGAGACAUGACCCAGGAGGAGUACGACGAGUUCCUGCACGGACGCAAUGACUUCAUCAAAGCCACCAAGAAGGACUCCAGCAACGAGAGGAAAGUGGAGGUCAUUCGCAAACGUCUCCACAAAGACAUUCUGCAUAAUCCGGUGGUGAUGCUGAACUUCUGUCCCGACCUGAAGUCCGUCUGCGCCGACCUGAGAAAAGUCCACGGAGAGUUCGUCUUCCUCAUCGACCGCAGCGGCAGCAUGAGCGGAGUCAACAUCAACAGAGUCAAGGACGCCAUGGUGGUGAUUCUGAAGAGCCUGGUGCCCGGGUGUAUGUUUAAUAUUGUGGGAUUUGGUUCCACGUUCAAGUCCCUCUUCAGCACCAGCCAAAACUACGAGGAGGACGCGGUUGCCUUGGCAUGUGAGUACAUCAGAAAGAUCCGUGCAGACAUGGGGGGCACUAACAUCUUGGCCCCUCUCUCCUGGAUCCUGAGGCAGCCCAUGUUCAGCAGUCACCCACGCCUCCUCUUCCUCCUCACCGACGGAGCAGUCCGAAACACAGGCAAAGUCAUAGAGCUAGUCCGGAGCCACGCAAGAUACGUCAGGUGUUUCACGUUUGGCAUUGGUCAGAAUGCAUGCAGGAGGCUGGUGCAGGGCGUGGCCACAGUGUCCAGGGGAGCGGCGGAGUUCCUGUCGGACGGAGAGAGACUGCAGCCCAAGAUGAUUAAAUCCCUGAAGAAAACCAUGUCUCCUGUUCUGAGUGAUAUUUCCAUCGAAUGGCUUUUCCCAGAGACCAAGGAGGUGCUGCUGUCUCCGGUGGGCAGUACGUUCCUCUUCCCUGGCGACAGUCUGAUUGGAUACUGCGUGGUUUGUGAUACCACCCGCUACCACGCUAACCCCAAAUCUGACAAACGGAGGCGAUACAGUAUGAUGCGCUCCACUGAAUCUGCCAGCUCGGUUUUCUACCACUCACAAGAAGAAGAUUUGACCAAAACGAGUACAGACAGCUCCCACCGAGAGACCACCUCCAACCCAGACCCAGGGACAGAGUGCAGCCCCGUCACCGCUGACCCAGACUGCACAGGCAUGGACGGCAAGAUGUCCCCACGAAGACGAGCCUACAGCACAAACCAGAUUGUGGACUUUAACCCGGCCAAACGGGUCUAUACCCCGAGUGACCCGAGCUCCGUGAGCACUAAGAACCCUCUGAGGAGGACCAAGGUGCAGGAGCUGGUGGGACACAUGAGCCCAGAGCAUGAGACACAGUGGAAGAACGACUACCAGCCGCAGUUGGCGAGCCUGUGUGCGUCGGCUUCCAGAGGGCACGCGGCCAGCUGUCACCUGCCCAGCACUCAUCAGGGGCCCGAGGCGAACGGCAGCCCCACAGAGGAGCCUCCAGACCCGGCCACCACAGCUCAGCCGCCCCCCUGUACCUCCGGAGCCGAGGAGGGGUCCCGAUCAUCCACUGACAGCCCAUCUGUUGGAAGCGUGGGAGAAACAGAUGUCUACAGUCACCAGCUCUGCCAGGCUGAGACCCCCCAGGAGGUCCCCCCCUUGGCCCUGUCCCAGAGUCCCAAAGCGGACUGUAAGGCGGUGGUCUCCGGGCUUCUGUGUGGGACCCCGGUCAAGUGGGAGGUGGAGUUUGACAUUGAGCCUUACCUGAACGGACGUGAGCGUGAGGAGAAGGUCCACGAGGAGCUGUGGAACGAGAACUUCCACUACCUCGCAGGACGCUCCAUCAUCAACGACUUUGAGCACAUGGCCGACAAAGAGUGUGAGAUUGAGCAUGGUUCUGGGAGGAGAUACCAGUCCUACGCGGUCCACUCCAGUAAAUCCUGUAAUAUUCUGAGUAAAUUCACUGCAUUUGUCCCCAUCGAUCUGGACACUAAUGAGUAUUUGCCAACAUGUAUUGAACACAUCAGCCACGGUGAAGUUCUGAAGAGAAGUUCUCGCUCGAGUUCUCGUUCUGGGAGCAGGAAGAACCGAGCCUACUCCAUCGGACUGGGACGCUCUCAGUCUGGAGGCACGUGUGAGGACGGAGAGGACGGACCACAAUUCAAUGGGGAAGAUGUGGCCUCUCCGUGCAGUACGCCCUCCUCCAGCUGGGAGAGAUGCAGCUUUGCAGAAGUCUCCCAGCGGAGUCCGUCUGUGACCUCGGACCAGUCGCAGAAAUCAGUGGAAAGCCUUUUCUCUGCCAGACUGGCCCUGAGCCGGACACGCCUCCUGACCAGAGCCGCUAAAGGAUUCAUGUGUCGAUCUCACAGCAAGUCUGGAGAUUCUAUUGGAGAUGGAGACAACGAGAACAAGGACUACAUCCCUCUGGUGUCUCUGCAGUUAGCCUGUGGAGCCUUCCCUCUGGACCCCUCCCUGUGUGAGGCGGUCAGUGUUCCCAUGGAGAAGCUCAAGUGGACGUCUCCGUUCUCGUGUCACCGCAGCAGCCUGAGUCGGCGCGCUGAGAGCCUGGAGGAGGAGCGCCGCGCAGAGCUGGACUCCUGUGUGCAGCCCACAGACCGCUCUGUGCAGAGCCCCUCCAGCGCCCCCUUCAGUCUGACCGAGAUCAGCUGCUCUUUAGACAGCCCCUCCGCCCCCGCAGAGCUGCCCCUGUCCCCCGUGUCCCAGGGCGACCGCGCACAGAAGGAGGGUCAGGAUGUGGAGAGCAUGGUGUGGGCCACCGCUGUGGCUCUGGCCUGGCUGGAGCACAGCUCGGCCAGUUUCUUCAUCGAGUGGGAGCUGGUGGCAGCUAAAGCCAGUCUGUGGUUGGAGGCCCAGGACGUCCCCGAGGGCAAAGAUCUUGCCUCAGUGAAGGCUGCAGCAAAUCAGCUCUUCAUCAUCCUCAGGCACUGGGACGAGAACCUUCACUUCAACAUGCUCUGCUACCACCCCGACAGCGUCUAA